AUGGAAGUAACUCUCUUGUAUAUUUGGACGUCACUGAUACAUCUCUUUCAGGGAGCAUUCCAGACUCUAUCAGCAACCUCAAAACACUUGAAGGUUUUGAGUUUUUCCGACUGCAAAUUCACAGGGAAGAUUCCGUCUUCAAUUGGAAACCUUUCUCAUCUCAACAUUCUUGACUUUGGUUAUAAUAACCUUGCUGGUGAAAUUCCCACUGCGCUAUUCAAUCUUACAAAGUUAUCAUCCUUAUCACUCGCCUCCAAUCACUUCACAGGCACGCUUCCUCACAACAUCAAUUCACUCUCCAACUUGAAUAUCUUUAACGCGGCCUCAAACUCUUUCUUCGGAACAGUCCCUUCUACUUUCUUCAACAUUCCUUGUCUGGAGAGUCUUGAUUUGGGUGAUAACCAGUUCAGUGGCCCUCUUGAGAUUGGGAAUAUAUCUUCAAUGUCUAAGCUACAAAGCUUAGUUCUUUCAAAAAACAAUCUCACAGGACCAAUCCCUAGAUCCAUAUCCAAAUUAGUCAACCUUGUGUAUCUUGAUCUUUCCUAUCUCAACACCCGAGGCCCACUUGACGUUGGUAUCUUCUGGCAUCUCAAGUCGCUCCAACAACUUACUCUAUCCCACAUAAAUACCACCAUUGCUAGGAUUGAUUUGAAUGCAGUUUUAUCCUUGCCUCUCAAGUCCUUGUCUAUCUUGGAUCUCUCAGGCAGCCACGUUUCAGUAGAAAACAUGAGUUCAGUUUCCACCCUUUUAUCGCAGUUGAUAUAUUUGUUCUUGUCUGGCUGCGGUAUCACAGUGUUCCCAGAGUUCAUAAGCUCCCUACAAUAUAUCUCUAUGAUAGACCUUUCUAACAACAGCAUUAAAGGUCAAGUGCCCGCAUGGUUAUGGAGACUACCAGAAUUACAUUAUGCUGAACUUUCCUACAACGCAAUCAACGGUUUCAAAGAAUUCCCAAAAGAUGUCUCAAGAACGAUGAUGAGUUCACUAUUUCUGAACAAAAACAACUUGUCUAGAGAGAUCCCCAGAGCAAUAUGUGACAUGACCUCUCUAAGUGUCGUUGAUUUAUCAAACAACAACUUCAGCGGAUCUGUUCCACAAUGCCUCAGCAAUCUCAUCAAGAGGGGUCGCUAACAAUCACCUCACUGGAAAACUACCAGACGUAUUUCUCAACGACUGCAACCUAAGGUCACUCAAUGUUGGUCACAACCAAUUGGCGGGGAAACUUCCAAGAUCUCUGUCGGGUUGCUCUUCUCUGGAGGUUCUAAACAUGGAGCACAACAGAAUCAACGACACUUUCCCAUUCUGGUACGAAUCAUCGACAUCUCACACAAUGACUUCACGGGAACCUUACCGUCACACUUCUUCAUGUACUGGAGUGCUAUGCACUCGGAAGGAGAUGGUUCAGGACUGGAGUACAUGGGAUACAACUACUUUUACCAGGACUCAAUGGUCUUAAUGAACAAAGGAAUAGAGUUGAACUACACCAAGAUCCGUGCAAUCUUAACACUAAUUGAUCUUUCAGGAAACAGACUCCAAGGUCAAGUGAAAGCUCUUAAAGUGCUAAACCUAUCAAGCAACGGUUUUGUCGGCAACAUACCUUCAUCUUUGGCGAAUCUGGUUCAGCUCGAGUCACUGGACUUAUCACAUAACAAGCUCUCUGGCCACAUUCCUCGUGAUCUUGCCGACCUCACAAGUCUAUGUAUCAUAAGGGUUUCACACAACAAGCUCGUAGGGAUGAUUCCGAAAAGCACACAGUUUCAAACGCAGAACGUUUCGGGUUUUGAAGAUAACGCUGGACUCUCGAUGAAUGUGGAGUUGGCCGUGAUGAUUCGCCGCUUUCAGAACAAGAAGAGGAGGAGGAGGAAGAAGAAGAAUCCUAUUUUAAAAUUUACCUUAGCCUGCCAUUUUCUUUACUAACAUUACAUGUUUCAUUAAGGGCAAUCAAGUAAUAUUAAUAACAUAUUUACA